GAAAAGGAAGCACGAUCCGCUUCAUCACGUCACUCUGGGUCGAGGCGUUGAGCAGGAAGCAGCUUUUCCUCUCGGAUUGUCGCCGUAGGAACAAACAUUGCAUUUCAGUCUUUACUCAAUGCACCCCUCGGCGCAGAACACGCGGAAGCCGGCCAGAAGGAAAAAUGCCUCCUUCGACAGAGAUGGUAGUCGCCCUGCUCCUCGCGGUGCUCCUCGCGUCGGGAACGCGCUGGAGUGCCCACGGCCCGCGCCUUGCCAGCGCGCUCCAGAUCCACGAGUCGUUCGCUUCUCCGAACCGCACCAAUAACUUUGUGGUAGACAAAGUUUCGCGAAACGUGUACCUGGCCGCCGUGAACACCAUAUACCAGCUGAACGGCACGCUGAGCCUGGAGGUGGAGAAGCGCACGGGGCCGGUGCAGGACAACCUGUUGUGCCAUGCGCCGCAGCUGCCCCAGGCGCCCUGCGAACACCCCAAGUCCCUGACGGACAACUACAACAAGCUGCUGGAGCUGGACCCCGAGCAGGGGGUGGUGGUGGUGUGCGGCUCGGUGUACCAGGGUUUCUGCGAGCUCAGGAAGUUGGAGAACAUCUCAGAAAUCGCGGUGGAGUUCCCGCCACAGGGGGAGAAGACGGUGUUUCCGAGCAUGCUCAACAUCGCCGCCAACCAUCCCAACGCCUCGACCGUGGGCCUGGUGUUCAGGAGCCACGGGGGGAACACCCGGCUCCUGGUGGGAGCCACUUACACCGGGGCCGGCACCGCGUUCUUCCCCAAGAACCACAGCAAGGAGGACCUGCGCUUCGAAAACACGCCGGAGAUCGCCAUCCGCUCUCUGAACAUCAAGGAUUUAUCCAGACUUUUUACCUAUGACAUCAACCCGUCAGAGGACAACGUGUUCAAAAUAAAACAGGAGGUUAAAACUAAAAACAAACUCAACUUUGUCCACGCGUUCGUGCAGAAGACGUACUCGUAUAUCGCGAUAAACAAUGACGCCAAGACGGGGCACAAGGAGAGCCAGCCCAACAGCAUCCUGGCGCGGAUCUGCUUGGACACGGAUCAACCCAGGAAGUCCAACUCGGGCCCCGAGAGCAGGAAACUCACGGAGUCCUACAUCCAGAUGCCUCUGCAAUGUGGAUUAAGUGGGAACAUAUACAAUCGGCUGCUGUCAGUGUACCCCGUGGACAUCCACACCGAUCGCGGCCAGGGCGCAGAGGCCUACCUGUUCGGAGUGUUCUCCAGGUCGGACAGAAAGUCUGCCCUGUGCGCCUUUAGGUUCGGGGACAUCGAGGAGGCGAUCCGGCAGGGCCGGAGGAACUGCUCCAACUCGCCAAGCAGCGACGUGCAGGUGCUGGAUAGCGUCAUCCAGGGCUCCGGCGCAGCCUGCAUCCAGAAGGGAAAUCUGGUGCUCCAGCCGGAGCAGCUGGACUGCGGGGCCGCCCACCUGCAGCACCCCCUGGCUCUGCGCCGGCCCCUGAGGGCCACACCUCUCUUUGAGUACACAGGUCUCAGCUCUGUCGCCGUGGACAGCGUGCACAAUCACACAGUGGUGUUUCUGGGCACCCACCACGGCCGGCUUCGCAAGCUGACCUUCCUGAAGAACUUCACCUUGGCCAAUCAGUGGACCCUCAAGCUACCCGCCAGCCAACCGGUCCACCCCAUCAUGACCUUCGAUCCGAACGACAGCAACUUCCUUUAUCUUAUGACGACUCACUAUCUUCUGAGGGUGAAAGUGGCAGAAUGUGGUCGCUACAGGGACUGUAAUGACUGCCUAGGAGCCGGUGAUGCCCACUGUGGCUGGUGUACCCUGGAGAAUAGAUGCACCGUCCAGAAGGAGUGUGUCCCGAGGCCCCUGGUGCGCUCCUGGAUCAGCAUGGGGGAGGGCCCGCAGCAGUGCCCCUCCAUGACCCUGACCCCCUCCGAGAUCAGCCUCUCUGCAGACAUCAAGGACGUGGGCAUCCUGAUCAACGGCAGCGUACCCGACCUGAUUGGCUCCCGCGUGGAGUGUGACUACGGCCUGGGCGUGUCCACGUCGGCCACCGUGCACCUGGACUACGGCUCGGCGCAGAUCCAGACCUGCCCUCUGCUCCCUCGGGACAGCUACCCCCCACUCCCCCCUGGUGGAGACCAUCUUAUUGUCCCCGUGGCGAUAAAGGUGAACGGCACUUCGGUGGUAUCGGGGAGCUUCGUCAUCUACGACUGCGAGCAGACCGGAGCCAUCCACCCAAAGACAUCGUGUAUGAGCUGCCUGAGCAGCAGGUGGAGGUGUUACUGGGAUCAGGAGAGCCACUCCUGUCUCCCCACCAAGGACGAGUCAAAACACAGCAUGCUGGAGAACGCCGCUUCCUGUCCGAGCCUGAUGUCCUCGGAGGUCUCCCCAUCCCCAUCCGGGACGACCCAGGACUUCAUCUUGUCACUUAGCAACGCCGUCGAGGGGGACAGGCUGGAGUGUGACUUUGGCACAAAUCAGAGAUAUGAGGCAACAUGGCUGAACAGCUCCACUGUGAAGUGCACUGGAGUGACACUGGUCACCUCGCAGAGGAGCCACGUGUUCCAGCUCAACCUGCGGAGGGCAGAACACGAGGACAAGUACAUGGACAGCCCCACACCUGUGACGGUGGAGGUGUACAACUGUGGCGUGGGCAGCCGGGACUGCUCCCAGUGCUGGGGCCGUGAGGACCAAGGCCAUCUCUGUGGCUGGUGUGACAACAGCUGCAGGCCCAGGGACGACUGUCAGCCAAUCACAGACCAGUGUCCCGCCCCCGAGAUCCACAAGAUCUCCCCCCUGAGUGGGCCGGUGGAGGGGGGCACCCUGGUGACGGUGCAGGGCAGGAACCUGGGCAAGCGGGCGUCGGUGGUGGAUGUGUCCAUCGGAGGCGUGGCCUGUUCUCUGCUACCUGACCGCUACUCCGUGUCCGUGGAGCUGGUGUGUGUCACCGGGGGCUCUGGCAGCGACAUGGUGGACGCCGUGCAAGUGUCCGUGCUCCACAAUGGAGAGGGAACAUCCGACGAGCUCUUCUCGUACUUGGUUCCUAAACUGCUGUCCGUGGAGCCAAGCCGGGGGUCCCGUGCCGGGGGGACCAGGGUGCGCCUCAGCGGGCAGCACCUGGACACGGGCUCCCAGGUCAGGGUGAUGGUCAACAGCACACAGGAGUGCACCAUCCUCACGCAAACGGCAGAGAGCAUCGAGUGCACCAUGCCGGCGGCGCUGCACGCCAACACAGAGGCGGUGGCGCUGUGUGUGGAGUUUGAGGAGCUUCCCUGCCAGAGCCCCCUGCUGAGCAGCGCCUACACCUACGAGAAGAACCCCACCAUCAGCCUCAUCAAGCCCACCAAGAGCUACCUCAGUGGGGGAAGGACCAUCACAGUAACAGGCCAGGGGUUCGGUCUGGUCCAGCUUGUGACCAUGGAGGUUCUGGGUGUUGGAGUAUCUGACUGCGCGGUGCGCUCCCCCACCAUGAUCACCUGCCUCUCCCCGGCGGCGGACCGAUCGCACCAGACCGCGCUGCAGUUCUUCCUGAACGGCGUGCUGUACACCCGGGAGAGCCCCGCCUCCGCCUACCAGGGGGAGGAGGAGGGGGAGGAGGGGGAGGACGAGGAGGAGGCCGGCGGCCACUUCCUGAUGGACUACGUGGAUGACCCGCAGUUCUCCACCGCCAACAAGGAGAACCUGAUCAAACACCACCCGGGGGAGCCUCUCACGCUCGUCAUCAACAAAGCGCCGAGUGAUCUGGAGCUGGCUCCCGAGGAGUAUUCAGUGCUGAUUGGCUCCUACACGUGUGACAUCAGCUUCCACAAUGACCAGCUGUUUCACUGUACAAUCAACAGCUUGCUGAGCUCCAGUGAGAGAGAACUCCCUGUCACUGUGAGUAGAUAUGGGCAUAUACACGUGUGUGUACACACACACACACACACAAACACGCAUACACACAAACCAACGCACACAGACACACACACAAACUCACACAUGCACGUACACACACGGGCACACAAGUGUUGACACAAAAUCAAAGGA